AUGGCCCUGGGGCAAGGAGGCGGCUCCAGCCAGGUCUGCGCAGCCGACAUCAUCUCCACCGUCGAGUUCAACCACACCGGAGAGCUGCUGGCCACAGGCGACAAGGGUGGCCGGGUGGUCAUCUUCCAGCGGGAGCCAGAGAGUAAGAACGCACCGCACAGCCAGGGCGAGUAUGAUGUCUACAGCACCUUCCAGAGCCACGAGCCCGAGUUCGACUAUCUCAAGAGCCUGGAGAUAGAGGAGAAAAUCAACAAGAUCAAAUGGCUCCCGCAGCAGAACGCGGCCCACGCCCUGCUGUCCACCAACGGUGAGGGCUCCCGGGCCUGGCGCGCCCGGGCCCUGGCUUCGGCCCCGCAGCUGUGAGGCGCGGGCCUGCCUGACUCCGGCUGCCUGCAGGUGCCCGUGCUGAAGCCCAUGGACCUGAUGGUGGAGGUGAGCCCGCGCAGGGUCUUCGCCAACGGCCACACCUACCACAUCAACUCCAUCUCGGUCAACAGCGACUGCGAGACGUACAUGUCGGCCGAUGACCUCCGCAUCAACCUGUGGCAUCUGGCCGUCACCGACAGGAGCUUCAGUAUCCUCCGUGGCCGCCUGGCGCUGCCCCCUCCGUGGGCACCCUGCCCGCGGAGCGUGAGGCUGGGCCGUGAGCAGCCGGGCACCAAAGCCAGGGGCCUGCCGCGUCCAGGGCCGUGUCCGCACCGCCCAGCGGCCGGGCCACGCUCCCCUCCCUCCCCCCGGUGCUCGGCUCCGCCACGCUCUUCAGCCGUGGACCUUGGGUGUGGGUGUAGCCUCUGCCUGGUUUCCUGGGCUGUCGGGCGGGGGCAAUCGCGGUGCCAGCCUGGCCCUUUCGCGGGGACUCGGAGAGCCGUGGGGGAGUCGGCGCAGCGCGGGCCCGGGGACAGCCCCGACACCGCGCCGACGCCGGGCCCGCGGGCUCCCGGCCACGCCGGGCAUCUGGUCUCAGGUUUGGCGCCCGAAUGCCCGGUGGCGUGGGGCGAGCCCGUGGAAGCGGCUGACCGGCCCGUUCCUGUCUUCGCAGUCUUUGAGGAGCCCGAGGACCCCAGUAACCGCUCCUUCUUCUCGGAGAUCAUCUCCUCCGUGUCGGACGUCAAGUUCAGCCACAGUGGCCGGUACAUGCUCACCCGGGAUUACCUCACGGUCAAGGUCUGGGACCUGAACAUGGAGGCGCGGCCCAUAGAAACCUACCAGUCAGAGCUGCGAGACCUCGGCGGGGCGGGUCUACCUGUGACGGCCUCCUGUUCUCGGACAGGUGCCCGGGCGGGCGUCAUCAUGACCGGCGCCUACAACAACUUCUUCCGCAUGUUCGACCGCAACACCAAGAGGGACGUGACGCUGGAGGCCUCCCGGGAGAGCAGCAAGCCCCGGGCCGUGCUCAAGCCACGCCGUGUGUGCGUGGGCAGCAAGCGCCGGAGGGACGACAUCAGCGUGGACAGCCUGGACUUCACCAAGAAGAUCCUGCACACGGCCUGGCACCCGGCCGAGAACAUCAUCGCCAUCGCGGCCACCAACAACCUGUACAUCUUCCAGGACAAGGUGAACUCCGAGAUGCACUAGGCGUCCAGCCCGCGGCUCCCCGGCCGGGCGCAGGACGGCCUGGCCGCGAGGAUGGCUGGGGGCGCGGCCCCCCCACCGAAGGAUCCCGGGCCGCAGAGCCGGAACUGGACGCCACUGUCGACCUUGAGUUCAGGGGUCUCUUCUUCCUCCGCUUGACCGGUGGUCUCCACCGCCUGGCUAGGGUGGUGGCCGUGCGCCGGUGGCCGCUCUCCUGGGGACCGGACGGUGGGCUCAUGUCCCGCCUGCGCCCCUUUGGGGCUCGCGGGCAGCCGGCUGGGGGUCCUGCGGCCGUCGAGGGAACCGACCCCACUCCCGUGCCGAGGCCCUCGGGGCGCGAGCCGACUCGUGCUGAGAACCUAGGGGAGCAGGCCCUCGUGGGGUGCUGCCGACGUGGUCAGGCCCUCGUGGGGUGCUGCCGACGUGGUCCGACACCCCAGGUCCUUAAGCGGGUGGGAGGACGCGGUGAAGUCUGUGUGCCUGUCACUCUGACCAUUCCCCUCCGUGCUGGACGUUCGCUGGUGCCAGGGCCCAGCCCCCUGGGCACAUGGACCUGAGCCCGCGCCUGCCCCGCCGGGCUCUCCCGGGACCUCAGGCCGACCCCGAGAUUGCUCUGCGCCCUCAUCGUGGCCCGCGAGGCCGGUGUCUGUCUGCCCCUCCACAGCACCAAGCGCUGCCCGCGCCAGGCCGUCCAUGCCGGGAUGAGCGGGAGGCUCCUUCGUCCCCACGGUGUCCACGCGAAGCCGCGGCCCGAAGGGAGAUGCCCCGCCAUGGCGCGGCCACGGGCUGGGCAGGCAGGAACCCUCCGGUCUGCCUCAGGUGCUUUCCACACGCCACGCUGGUGGUGCUUACGAAGGCGACGCUCUCGCCCGGGAGGGUCCGGAAGCAUCUCAUCUGCUGAAGCAGGACAGGUGGCCUGUGAUGAGGGAGAACCAGACCCAGAUGGAGAAGGCCUGCCGACUCCUUGCCUGGCCGGUGGCUUCAGGAAGUGCCCUUGCCUCACCCCACCUGUGCGCCCUGCGCCUCCCGGGGCACCGAACUGCCUCCACGAGAAAGUUGCAUGUUAUUGCCAUUUUCAGAUACAUUUCUUUCAUGACUGCAGGACCCCAGAGGACACUUCCCUGAGGACUACAGAGAAGGUCGUUGUCCACAUUAGUCCCUCCCCCGCUGUCAGACCUGACCGCCACAGCCACGCCCACAGUCAUGUCCACGCAGCCACGCCCACCGCAGCCACGCCCACACAGCCAUGCCCACGCAGCCAUGCCCACGCAGCAAGCCCACCACCACACCCACCCUUUGCCCCUGGAAUUGCAGCACAACCACGUGGCUUUGCAUUUUGAUUCAGCAAACAGAGUGCAGAGGCCCUGACAGAAUCCAACCUUUUUUACAAGUGUGACCUAACCCAGGAAACAGGCCCACCCAAGACUUUCCUCCACAGAUAACCAUAUACUUUUGUGUGUGUAAAAGCACAAAGCAUGUGCCCUCACUUCCGGCCAUACAAUAUUCACACGAGGAAAUGGGUCCAUUGAUUUUUUUUUAAUAUGUGAAUGAAGAAUGUUCGUUUACACAUCGUUGUAGAAUCCAGGUGACCUGGACAGUAUUAUAUGUCCAUAUCUACUCUAAUUAAACGUAACCAUCACGGGAUUGGAUUCCUUUCUUUCCGCUGUGUAAAGACGCUCAAGAAGGUGGUGGAUUGUCUAGAAACCUUGUGGCGCCGAGAUCCGCCUGGAGGGCCUCGGCGGCCGUCCGGGGAUGCUUGGCCCCCCCGGGCCCCCGGAGGCCAGCGCAGAGGGGAGGCGUGUCUGCAGCUCAAGUUUACUGUUCAGCAUUUACCCGCUGCCAAGUACAAGUCUUACUCCGCAUUCCCAGGGCCGCCCCGUGCGGGCCUGGGCCGUCCUUCUGCUGGAGACUUUCGGUGCCGAGCCACAGCGUGAAAAAGAAGGGGGCGAAAGACCCCACAGCAGCAUGUCUCUGAGUCCCGGGACGUGACCUCUCCGGAGCAGCGGUGAGCAGUGGACGCGUGUGGACGGAGAUGUGGGGGGCACGCCGGCCCUGGCAGAAGGCCAGUAAAAGGUCACAGACUGCUUCCUCCCGCUGAGACCUUCUGCUCCCGCGGGUCUGGCGUGGCAGUCCGGCCGCCGCCCUGAGGCUGCGGGUGGCUCCUGUGCUGACCCUUCCUGCCCCCGAGGGCCACGCCGGCGGCGUGGGGUGAGCCGGCAGACUAGAAGGGAUCAUCUUGGACUGUGACUCAUAGGUGCAUUCUUACUUCCUUUGGUGUCUCACAAACUAUCCAACUGUUGAAUAAAAUUAUAAAUAUGUUAAUACCAGCUUUUUCCAAUAAAAUAAGAAAUGUUACAUUGAAA